AUGUCGCGCAGAAACGGCGCGCCCUCAGGGCCCAAGGACGAGGCUCCUCCGCCAAAGGACCAAAAUAAGCAAGCCCGCCUCCUCAGCUCAGAAGCCGGCCACUUCUCCCUCUUCCGUGCGCUGCACCUCGCAGACUUCAUCACUGAGAUGAACGGCUUCUGCGGCGUCAUGUCCAUCUUCUCCUCCCUACGCUACUGCAUCCAAGAAGACCCCACAAACUACACAAACGCGUAUCUCGCCCUGGGUCUGAUACCUUUGGGUAUGUUCUUCGACCUCAUGGACGGCAAGGUAGCGCGCUGGAGGAAGAAGGCGUCGCUUAUGGGACAGGAGUUGGAUUCUUUGGCUGACCUGAUCUCCUUCGGCGUAGCUCCCGCCUCCGCCGCCUUCGCCCUCGGCCUGCGCAGCCCCAUCGACCAUCUUCUUCUCACCUUCUUCGUCCUCUGCGGCCUCACCCGGCUGGCCCGCUUCAACGUCACCGUCGCCAUGCUGCCCAAAGACGCCACCGGGAAGAGCAAAUACUUUGAGGGAACCCCCAUUCCUACGUCGAUCGGUCUGGCCUGUGUGAUGGCGUUCUUCGCGAGCAAAGGGUGGACGCACGCCGAGUUGCCGUUGGGGACGUGGGGAAUGGGCAGCUGGUGGGAGGUCCAUCCUAUCGCGCUUGCGUUUGUGGCGCAUGGGUGUCUUAUGGUGAGCAAGACGAUUCAUAUACCGAAGCCGUAG